AUGUCCCUCUAUCUACUCCUCCUCCGCCGCUCCUCCGCCGUUCUAACAACUACCAAUCACCCUCUAGUUCGCGCUCUCCACCACCUCACUCUCUCUCCACUCCAUCAUACCCCAAACCCUAACCCUCCAAUUUCCACCUCCCCACUCCUGCCAGCAUCCCGCACAUUCGCCUUCUCCUCUGCCGAAGAAGCCGCAGCAGAACGUCGAAAAAGAAGGCGUCGCCUCCGAAUCGACCCUCCACUCCAAGCAAUGCAACGCAACACGAACCCUCCCCCUCGUGAUCCCAACGCUCCUCGCCUCCCUGACUCAACAAGCGCAUUAACUGGCCAUCGUCUUAACCUCCACAAUCGAGUCCAGUCCCUAAUCCGAGCUUUUGAUCUUGACACUGCUUCCCAUGUCGCUCGCAAUUCUGUUUAUUCCCGAACUCGCCCCACUGUUUUUACUUGCAACGCCAUCAUAGCCGCUAUGUAUCGUGCCAAAAGAUAUAAUGAUGCGAUUGCGCUAUUUAAGUUCUUUUUUGAACAACAUAAAAUAGUGCCUAAUGUUGUUUCUUAUAAUAAUUUGAUCAAUGCACAUUGUGAUGAGGGAAGAGUUGAUGUGGGGCUUGAGGUUUAUAGGCAAAUAAUUGAGACAGCACCAUUUUCACCAUCGUCAGUGACUUAUAGGCAUUUGACUAAAGGGUUGAUUGAUGCUGGGAGGAUCGAGGAUUCGGUUGAUUUGUUGAGGGAGAUGUUGACUAAAGGGCAUGGAGCGGAUUCAUUGGUUUAUAAUAAUGUCAUCAAAGGGUUUUUGGAGUUAGGGAAUUUGGAGAAGGCCAAUGAGUUUUUCGAUGAGUUGAAAGAGAGGUGUUUGGUUUACGACGGAGUGAUUAAUGCCACAUUUAUGGAUUGGUGGUUUAAGCAAGGGAAGGAUAAGGAGGCUAUGGAAAGUUACAAGUCUUGGCAGGAUAAGAAUUUUAAGGUGGUACCUGCAACUUGUAAUACGAUUUUGGAGGUUUUGGUUAAAUAUGGGAAGAAAGAGGCUGCUUGGGCUUUGUUUGAGCAUAUGCUGGACAAUCAUACCCCACCUACCCACCAAGCUGUAAAUUCAGAUACAUUUAAUACAAUGGUGAACGAGUGCUUUAAGGAAGGGGAGUUUGAUGAGGCAAUUAAUACAUUUAAAAAGACAGGGACAAAGCCUGGGUCUAAGCCUUUUCAAAUGGAUGUUGCGGGGUACAACAACAUUAUUGCAAGGUUUUGCGAGAAUGAGAUGAUGAAGCAGGCGGAGGAGUUCUUUGCAGCAUUGUCUGCCAAAUGCUUGACUCCUGAUGUCACUACCUUUAGGACAUUAAUUGAUGCAUAUUUGAAGAUGGAAGAGAUUGAUGAUGUUUUGAGAAUGUUCAAUAAAAUGGCCGAUGCUGGUUUGAGGGUGGUGGCAAGCUUUGGGACUAGGGUGUUUGGUGAGUUGAUUAAGAAUGGCAAGGCAGUGGAGUCUGCAGAGAUUUUGACCAAAAUGGGUAACAAAGAUCCAAAACCAGAUUCAUCAAUCUAUGAUGUUGUGGUUAGGGGGCUUUGUAAUGCUGGUGCACUUGAUACGAGCAAGGAUAUGCUGGACCAAAUGAUGAAAUAUGGUGUUGGUGUUCCCCCUUCAUUGAAGGAAUUCGUACUUGAGGUCUUUGAAAAAGCUGGACAGGGUAGUGAGAUUAAGAGUGUUUUGGAUGGAAGAAAGUGGAUUAACAAUUCAAGACCUGCUUAUCCAACACAGCCUCAAAGUCAACACAAACCUACUCAAAUGGCAAGUGGGCUGCCAUUAGGACCUUCUCCAUUGAUGGGAAAAUCAAUUUCAGAUGAACCUCAGAUUGCAAGAUCACAGUCUUUUGGAGACCAUCCAAUGUCAAGACAAACACAAUCAGCAUCUCCUCAGAUGACCGGGCAGCUGCCACUAGGAUCUCAUAAUAGGCAACAACCAUCAGGAUUUCAUAAUACAGAUCAGCAACAGCCAUCGAGACCUUAUCAAGGGCAACAAUCUUCAUGGUCUUCUCAAACAGGAGGCCAGCAGGCGUCAUGGUCUUCUCAAGCAGGUGGACAGCAGUCGUCAUGGUCUUCUCAAACAGCUAGCCAGCAGCCAUCAUGGUCUUCUCAAACAGCUGGCCAGCAGCCGGCAUGGUCUUCUCAAACAGCAGGCCAGCAGACGGCAUGGUCUUCUCCAACAGUAGGCCAGCAGACGCCAUGGUCAUCUCAAACCACAGGCCAGCAGACACCAUGGUCAUCUCAAACCACAGGCCAGCAGCUGGCAUCUCAAACCACGGGUGAGCGGCCGUCGUGGUCUUCUCAAACCACAGGCCAGCAGCCGUCAUGGUCUUCUCAAACCACAGGCCCGCAGCCGUCAUGGUCUUCUCAAACCACAGGCCAUCAGCCGUCAUGGUCUUCUCAAAUCACAGGCCAUCAGCCCUCAUGGUCUUCUCAAACCACAGGCCAACAGCCGUCACGGUCUUCUCAAACUGGAGAGAAUCUGUCAUGGUCUUCUCAAACAGGAGGACAGCAUCCAUCAUGGUCUUCUCAAACCGGAGGACAGCAUCUGUCAUGGUCUUCUCAAACAAGAGGACAGCAGCGAUCUUGGUCCCCUGAAAGUGGAGGGCAGCAGCCAUCAUGGUCCUCUGAAAUUGGGGGACAGCAGGCAUCAUGGUCCAGUAAUAUGGAACAGAAGCCAUCGGGAACCUCACAUAUGAUUAAAUGCAAUCCAAGUGAAUCUCCACAGAUGUCAGGACAGGUACCUUUUCAAUCCUCACAGAAUGAAGGACAAUAUUCUUAUGGAUCACCUUCAGUGGUCAGACACCAUCCUGUAGGAUCCUCUCAUAUUGCUGGACGAAACCAAUGGCAAGACAACCAGCAGCAGCCAAAUCGACCGCCAGAUAUGGCUGAACAGCAUUCAUCCGGAUCCCUUGAAUGGCAACACAGCCACCAGCGGGCAGCAGCGUGA